UUCAUCUGUGCACUUGGGCGUUGGACCCCGCAUCUUAUUAGCAACCAGGGAGAUUUCUCCAUUUUCCUCUUGUCUACAGUGCGGCUACAAAUCUGGGAUUUUUUUAUUACUUUUUUUUUUAAAAAAAAAACUACACUUGGGCUCCUUUUUUGUGCUCGACUUUUCCACCUUUUUCCCUCCCUCCUGCGCUGCUGCUUUUUGAUCUCUUCGACUAAAAUUUUUUUAUCCGGAGUGUAUUUAAUCGGGUCUCUUCUGUCCUCCUCGCCACCCCCACCCCCUCCCUCCGGUGUGUGUGCCGCCGCCGCUGUUGCUGCUGCCGCUGCCGCUGCUGCUCGCCCCGUCGUUACACCAACCCAAGGCUCUUUGUUUCCUCUCUUGGAUCUGUUGAGUUUCUUUGUUGAAGAAGCCAGAAUGGGUGCCCAGUUCUCCAAGACCGCAGCAAAGGGAGAAGCCGCCGCGGAGAGGCCCGGGGAGGCGGCUGUGGCCUCGUCACCUUCCAAAGCAAAUGGACAGGAGAAUGGCCACGUCAAAGUGAACGGGGACGCGUCGCCCGCGGCUGCCGAGCCCGGCGCCAAGGAAGAACUCCAGGCCAACGGCAGCGCCCCGGCCGCCGACAAGGAGGAGCCUGCGGGCGGUGGCGCCGCGUCCCCCUCGGCGGCUGACAAAGAUGAGGCGGCUGCGGCGGCCCCCGAGCCGGGUGCAGGCGCCGCCGAGAAGGAGGCCGCUGAGCCCGAGCCCGCCGAGCCUGGGUCCCCCGCCGCCGAGGCCGAGGCUGCCUCCGCCUCCUCCACGUCGUCGCCCAAGGCGGAGGACGGGGCCGCGCCGUCGCCCAGCAGCGAGACCCCGAAAAAAAAAAAGAAGCGCUUUUCCUUCAAGAAAUCCUUCAAGCUGAGCGGCUUCUCCUUCAAGAAGAACAAGAAGGAGGCGGGCGAGGGCGCUGAAGCCGAGGGCGCCACCGCCGACGGCGCCAAGGACGAGGCGACAGCAGCUGCGGCGACCAGCGAGGCGGGCGCGGCCCCGGGGGAGCAGGCGGGCGGGGCGGGCGCCGAGGGCGCGGCGGGCGGAGAAGCGCGGGAGGCCGAGGCGGCGGAGGCCGAGCAGCCUGAGCAGCCCGAGCAGCCGGCGACACAGGAGCCGCCGGCCGAGGAGCCAGCGGAGGCCGCGGGGGAGAAGGCCGAGGAGCCCGCGCCCAGCGCCGCCGCCGCCACCACCGGGGGCGAUGCGCCCUCUGCCGCCGGGCCCGAGCAGGAGGCGCCCGUCGAAGAAGCCGCGGCCUCCGCGGCCCCCACCGCGUCCCCGGAGCCGCAGCCCGAGUGCAGUCCGGAGGCGUCUGCUGCGCCCGCCGCGGCCGAGUAAGCGCGAGCCUCUUACGUCAUCGAAGAACUUUUCCCUUCGUUUGUUUGUUGGAGUGGUGCCAGGUACUGGUUUUGGAGAACUUGUCUACAACCAGGGAUUGAUUUUUAAAGAUGUCCUCUUUUUUUUUUUUAAUUUUACAUUUUUUUUUUUUUAAGCAGCAAAUUUUGUUCGUUCUUUUUUUUUAGCCCCCUUUCCCACAGAUCCCAUCUCAGAGCAUUGUUACCACCAUUCCGACUGGUCGAGGACAGUGUAGACAGCUUCCUCUGCCUUCUUUCUUCUUUCUUUAAUUUUUUUUUGCAUCAGUAUUAAUGUUUUUUGCAUACUUUGCAUCUUUAUUAAAAAAAUGUAAACUUUCUUUGUCAAAUCUAUGGACAUGCCCAUAUAUGAAGGAGAUGGGUGGGUAAAAAGGAAUAGCAAAUGAAGUGAUAGGGGCCACUAUGGGAAAUUGAAGCAGUGCACAACAUUGCCAAGAUAAUAUGCCACUAGAGAUGAUGCUGUAAAGGCUUAGGGUUUUUUGUUUUUGUUUUUUAAAGAAAAAUUAUUACGAUGUAUUUUGUGAGGCAGGUUUACAACACUACAAGUUUUGAAUAAGAAGGAAAGAGAAAAAAAUAAAAACACCAAUACCCAGAUUUAAAAAACAAAAAGAUCAUAGUCUUAGGAGUUCGUCUAAAGGAUAGGAACUUCUUGCUUAUCUCCUGUUAGCUGUACCAGUCAGUGAUUACGUAGAAUUACAAGUUGUAUAGGCUUUAUUGUUUAUUGCUGGUUAUGACCUUAAUAAAGUGUAAUUAUGUAUUACCAGCAGGGUGUUUUUAACUGUGACUAUUGUAUAAAAACAAAUCCUGAUAUCCUUCAGAAGCACAUGAAGUUUGCAACUCUCCGCCCUGCCCAUUUUUGUAAAACUUCAGUCAUCUUGGACCUUUUAAACACGAAUUUGAAACUCAACCAAGCUGUGAUAAGUGGAAUGGUUACUGUUUAUACUGUGGUAUGUUUUUGAUUACAGCAGACAAUGCUUUCUUUUCCAGUUGUCUUUGAGAAUAAAAGAAAAACAAAUCUUCAGAUGCGAUGGUUUUGUGUAGCAUCUCGUCUAUCUUGUUUUGUAAAUACUGGAGGAGCGGUGACCAAUUGGGCCUAGAGCUGGAAUGUAACUUUCCUUACAGACAUUGCUAUUCAACUCCUGCUUAAGGUGUUCUAAUUUUCUGUGAGCACACUAAAAGCAAAAAAAAAUAAAUGUGAAUAAAAUGUA